AUGUCCUUGUUCGGAGGAGGCAAUACUGGCGGUGGAGGGAACACAGGCGGCAACAACAAUAACAACAGCGGCGGUAGUGGCUUCAACUUCGGACCUCCAAGGACUACAUCGUCUUCAGGCACAUCGCAGGGACAGACAGCGGGUAGCUUAUUUGGCGGCACCGCAGGAGCUACAUCAGGAGGUGGAAGCUUGUUCGGAAACGUAGGAGGAGCCACAAGCGGAGGUUUCGGGUCACAAACACCAGCCUCAUCAGCUGGCGGAGGCGGCGGUGGGUUUAGCUUCGCGAACAAGGCGCCCGCAUCUACACCAAGCGGAGGCAAUAUGUUUGGCGGAGCAGGAUCAUCUGCGCCCAGCUCGGGCGGUCUCUUUGGCGGUGGGAAUCCAACAGCACCAAGCUCGGGCGGACUUUUCGGCAAUGCGGGCAACGCGGGUGCCAGCGGUGCCACGACUCCAGGCGGCCAGAGCAAGCCUACGAGCAGCUUGUUCGGUGGCGGCGGCACACCAGCAUCAUCCGCACCAAGCGGUGGCGGCCUUUUCUCGAACAUGGGCAAGCAGCAGAGCGGCUCCACGACCCCGCAAGCGACCCCAAGCCAGCCAUCCAUGUUCUCGACCACACCAGCUGGUAACCCCCCAACUAGCCUGUUUGGUGCCAGACCCGCAAGCCAGAAUCAGAACCAGAACCAGGCCCCAGCAGCGAGUACAGGCGGCGGCGGAAGCAACUUGUUCAGGAUGCCGUCGACAGGCGCCUCAAGCGCGAGUGGAAGCGGACAGCCAGCGACAGCGACCAGCGGCGGUGGACCCAGCUUGUUUGGCGAAGUCAAUCGCAAUCAAGCAUCUUCACCUUUCAGCUUCCCUCCGGCGACGUCAUCGAGCGCUCAGCAAGGCUCAUCAGCUACUACGACUAGUGGUGCGACAGCGCCCGCGGCCACGCAGCCGUCUUCUGGAGGCCUAUUCGGCAGCACUCCCACAGCUGGUGGUCAAUCCGGUGGUGGCCUUCUUGGCGGCGGACAACAAGGUGCAUCGAGGCCAGCGUCGACGGGCGGUCAGACUCCAUCUCUGUUCGCUGGCGCACAGCCAACCGCGAGCAGUGGAAACAGCACGCCGUCAAUGUUCCAGACGCAAGCAUCGCAACAAGGUAGCACGUCAAGCGCUCCUCAAGGAGGUCUCUUCGGUAGGCUCGAUGGGGGACAAGCUGGCUCUAGCACGCCUGGUGGCACAACUCCGGGCGGAUCGACAACAAAUCUCUUCCAAAACGCAGGCGCACAGGGCAGUUCGAGCACAUCUCAAGGCGGAACGGCAGCAACGUCUGGGGCGCCAGCUUCAGGUUUAGGAGGCUUCUCGCUUGGCGGGCAGAGUUCGAGCGCAACGCCUGCUGCCACCACCGCGACUGCGGCUCCUCCGCUGUUUGGCAGUCUUGGUGGAUCGGCCGCUACAUCGCAGCCUGCCAGCACAUCCACGGCGGCACCGCCACUGUUCGGUGGGGCUGGCGCAAAUACUUCACAAGCUCCUGCUUCGACUUCGACAUCUACAAACGCGGCACCAACGACGACGGCAGGUCCUUCGGGCGGUCUCUUCGGCGGCAGCACAACCGCAGCCCCUGCCGCAUCUCAGCAGACUCAGCAGGCCGGCACUACCAGUACUGCAGGCCCCACGGCUCCUGCUCAAUCUCGCCUCGCCUCCAAGACUAUGGACGAGAUCCUGACAACGUGGUCCACCUCCCUCGCCACUCACCAGAAGAGCUUUUCCACUCUCGCCUCGCAAGUCUCCUCCUGGGACCGCAUGCUGGUCGAGAACAUGGGCAAGAUCACUUCUCUCUAUGGCCGCUGCUUCCAAGCCGAGCGCGACGUGGCGGAGGUCGAGCGACAGUUGAGUGUGGUUGAGCACGGGCAGGUAGAUCUCGAGCAAGCCCUCGAGCGCUACGAGAUGUGGAUCGACGAGAUGAUCGAGCAGAGCGACGUCGGUGGUGCCGAUGGCGCGGGCGGCGUGGACGGCGAGAGAGAGCGGACGUACAAAACAGCAGAAGCCUGCUCCACCCGCCUAACCGAAAUGUCCCACAACCUCUCCUCCAUGAUCGACGAGAUCAACACCGCCUCCUCCAAACUCUCGUCCAGCUCUGCUUCCGCCAACGCUUCGGCCCAGGCGACCGCUGACCCGCUGGCACAGAUUGUGAGGGUGUUGAAUAGUCAUUUGCAGCAGUUGCAGGCGAUUGAUAGCGGAGCUGCGGCGCUGGGGGAGCGGGUGGAGGUGGCGCAGAGGGAGGCGAGGACCGUGGGGCAGGGUGCAGGGUUGGGCGGGGGGCAGUGGUUGGAGGGGUUUGGGAGGAGUUAUUUGGGGAGGGGGUAG